ACAAAACCCAACCCUGUACCUUCUCUUCAACUCCUAUUGACACACGAACACACAUAGCAGGAAAAGAUAGAACACCAUGAGCUGCACCCGGAUCAGUGGUGCAGUCCUCGUUUUUGCCUUGCUCUUCGCCUCGUUAUUGCUCACGCUCUACCUUCCCGCUGCUUGUGCUCGCCAUGUGGUGCUGCUAGAGGCCCAAGAUGGCCUGAACAUCGGAGGAGGCCGGCAGCAGGUGGUUGGUGAUGACGCAGGAAAGGCCGUCCCCGUCUCGAACGCCGGCGGCUCACGGCCAGUGAGGACGGUGGAGUUGCCCGCGGCGAGGAGGCACCGGGUGGACGCGGCGGACGAGUUGCACGACAUGCUGAGGAGGGACUACGCGUGGAGGGCGAGGCGCCGCAAGCCCAUUCACAACGACGAGCCUCGCGACGACGAGCCCUAAGUCCGUCAGACCUUCCCCGCAGCGCAGCUAGGUAGAAUACAUAGUUACAAGAAGCUUAGCUUAGCCAGAGCCGCUCUCUGUUCUACUACUGCUACUACUACAACUAGUCAGCUAGAUUUGCAGGCUUGCAGGAUACCCAAAUACUCCCUUUGUCCCAUAAUAUAAGAACGUCAAGUUGGUACUACAGUGUAUCAUUAGCUGGUCAGCCUUAAUCUGGCAUCCAAGAUGGACAUCAGGUUUAGCCCUGUUUUCUGCAAGGACUACUGGCAGGAGUUCGUGCGGAAAAAGGGGCAGUUUUGUGCCGGAUGUGCAGGCUUGGGGGGUAUGCUAUAUCUACAUGUAAUGUCCUAUAUGUCCACCGGUAAUCAGGUUUGCAGAAUAUCA